UCGAACAACUUUCCUCUUUCUUCCCCACGGAAGCUCGGCCAGAUCGCCAGAAACUUUCCCCUUCUUCCCCACGCAAGCUCGGCCGAUCCUAUGGAGAAAUCUGCCGGUAUCCCUCCCUCCGACCCACCCAACGAGAAAAUAGCCAGUAUGGAUGAAAUGGUGAUGGAAAUCGGCAUCCGCAUCCCACCCUCCGACCCCGCGCGUCUGGUCUGCUUCGCUCUCGCCAGCAAAAACUGGCUGAAGGUCCUCACCGGCGAAAAGUUCCGCCAACCCUACGGCAGACGCCACGGCAGGCCGCCGUUCGUGGGGUAUUUCCAUUCCUGCCAUAGCCCAGCCAGUGGUGAGAACCGCUUUGUUCCUAUUGCAGCCCCCCUCCCCACUGUUCUCACCGAACGUCGGCACCGACAGUUGGUACGCGCUCGACGUCCGGAAGGGUCGUGUUCUUAUGCUCCGCAGCCCAGAUGAUCUGAUAGUGUGGUUACCAGUCACUGGCGAGCACUUCCUCCUCCCUCAGCCCCCGCGCCCGUAUCAAUACUGCGCCGGGGCGGUGAUCUGUGCUGCUCACUCCGACUGCAGUGAUGCCGACUGCUAUUCGCUUCAUGGGUUCAAUGUCGUUCUUGUGGGAUGUGAUGACAGGCCUGAUACCUUUGACCAGAUAGAAUUCUUUGAAGGCAACGUGACAUGGGUGAGCAUCUACAACUUAGACAAAAAUAAGUGGAGUCAGACCUAUGCUCUAGAGGACAAUCGUUACACUGAGCAUCCAGUGGUAGAGCAGAACCAGCCUGUGCUGUAUAGGGAUGCCCUAUACUUCAUGCUUGAGAUGCAUGACCUGGAGGGAGAGGAGGUACGAGCAGCACUGAGAUUUGACCUUGGUGACCAGAAGCUGUCAGUGGUGCUUGCUCCAGAAAAUGCCUAUACAGACUCAGGGAUGUUCCUUGCGACUUCAGAAGGAUUCGCAUUUGCUGGAACUGCUGCAGAUGAUGAUGAAGAUGUUGCAGAAGGAAAUGGACAGAAUAAGAUAUCUGUAUGGACCUUGAGUGACGAUACACCACCAGUGUGGAGUCUCACUUCUGAGAUUGACCUGGAGACAAUCCUUCCAGUCGAUGCAAUCAAUUCAGCGUUUUCUCUGUCUGCAGUUGGUUUCAUCGAGGGGGAAGAAACUAUCUGCAUUGAUUCUGGAGAAAGAAUCUUUACAGUUGAAGUUCAAUCCAAAAGGACCAGAGACAUUGGACCCAGUGGCUCUGAAUUUGUUCUUGCAUUCCUACAUUUUCACAUGCCUACAUGGCGUAAGGCUGAAGAUAUUGUCAAGAGGAGAGGAUCCCCGAUCGAGACACCUUCUGGCAAGGAGGCCAAGGGUGGUCAGAGCCCGAACUUUUCAGGAGCUGAGAACUUAGCAAAAGCUGAAGAUAUUGUCAAGAGGAUAGGAUCCCCGGUCGAGACACCUUCUGGAAAGAAGGCCAAGGGUGGUCAGAGCCAGAACUUUUCAGGAGCUGAGAAUUAGGAGAAGAACUAGCAAUUUAGGAAUUCCUAUCUUCAAGAAGUCUAGCGGAUCUGUGCUUUUGGUGUAAAGUGGAGCCUGCUGCCUACUGGAACAAGUCGAUUGCAAGCUGUUCUUUGAACUUGUGAUAAACUUGUUGUGUUGCUGCAUGUUGGAGCUGGAUACUUGCUCGUCAUGAGCUAAACACUGAACUUGAUAGUGGUAACGUGUUAUUCUGUAAGGCACUGAGAUUGUUUGGUGACUUAUGUUGUUACAUGUUGAGCGGGUUUGUACCCGUAUCCAUCCCUACUCUUGGUGGUGAAGACUUAGAUCAAGUUUGAUGCCAACCCCUGCCUGUCAA